GCAAAACAGGCAACGGUAUUAAUUACCAGAGACGACGAACGUUUUCUAAGAGCCUCCAUAUUGCUGCUUAAGGGAGGACGGUUAAUGUCAAAAGAAGUUUUGAACAGAGAAUUGAAAAAUGCCGGGGAAGAUCUUGAUACAAUUCUUAAAAAUCACGAAAGAAAACUCAGGCACAAAUUUGUAAACAAACAAAAUCAGAAGUUGUUUCCAACCGCUGGAGGAACGGACGUAGAAACAUGGGAUUUACCUAUGCUUUUAACAGUGACACUGACAGUGUUUAAGAAAUCGCUAGACGACGGUGACAUACAGGCCUUGAAAUCUAUAAAGUAUAUGAGAGAUGAGGUUUAUGCCCAUACUCAUUCUUCUUCCCUAUGUGUCGAUGAAUAUGACGAAAUCCGGACAAAGAUAGAAAAUGCACUUACUUCACUCUCGAAUGGGUUAAGCGACAAUCUGAAAGACGACUGCACAACGAUUAUUCAUGUAUGCAAAGAAGAAGCUAUCAGCCCUACAUUAAAAGCGGAACUUACGGAACAGCUGGAAAAAACAGAGGAUUCGUUUCAGGCUAUAAUGGGCAAACUCAGAGACAAUAACGAACUUCUUUGCGAAAUGAGAAAAGAAAUAAUGGACAAACUAAACAAAAUGAGUGUGAUUGAAGACCGAUGUGAAAAGAUUAUAAAAGUGAUAGAUACUGAUCUUACGUUGAGUGGAGCUGUGAAUGAAAGCAAUGACAUAGACUUUGUUGAAGGAAUAAUCACAACGGUUAUUAAUAAAGCAAUAAAGAAAGUCGGAAACGAAAAUGACUAUCCGAGAAUUCGCAGCGUUGUUGACAACAUUCUUAAAGACAUUGAACAAAUGCCUGAUGUGGAAAUACUAUCAGCAGAACACAAGUGCAUCCUUCUUAAAUUUAGAUGUACAACUUAUAAUGGUAUAUUAAACCUGCUGAUGUAUUUGGAGAGCAGAAGCUUCCUGGAUUCUCUAAAUGAUCUUGACCUAGCACUGCGUUCUACUCUCCCUAAUGUGAGCAGUCAAUUUAGACUUGAUGUGACAGUUACACCAGAAUCUAUGAAGAACCUGUUAGAUGAACUAAGAGCGAAAGCAAUGGAAGCUACGAGGAAUGAACGAACCAUACGAGUACCGAUAAAGGUUAAAUCAGCACAAGGUAUUGGACACAUAUGGUCGCUGUUUGAAACUGGCGGAGCUACAAAAAGAUUGAAUGAAUUAUCAGAAGCUGUAUUCGAUGAGUUAAAUACAAAAAUAACAGUUACACCUUCUGUGAAUUUACAGCAGGUACAGGCAGCCAUUAAGGAAGCAGAAGAGUCACGAAGAGCGGUUAAAGGCGAUGUUUAUCCUCCUGUUGGAAGACGCAAAUUAGCCGAUCAAGCAAAACCGGAUCCACCAGCUGACUUGGAGGUGGAAAAGGUUUCAAAGGGCAGUGUUGCUUUGAAAUGGAACGCUGGGUUUGAUGGGGGAUUGCCACAACAGUUUAAAGUUCGAUAUAAGGCAGCAGGAGGUAGACAGAAUUUAGUCGAUGUUCAGCCACCGGGAAGCACUUACUCAACAGUUCAUCAUUUAGAUCCUGGCACUGAAUACGAGUUCAUUGUGAUUGCUUUCAAUGACGUUGGACAAAGUGCGGACUCAAAUAUGGUCAAGACAAAGACCCCAACAAAACCGGAUCCACCAGCUGACUUGGAGGUGGAAAAGGUUUCAAAGGGCAGCGUUGCUUUGAAAUGGAACGCUGGGUUGGAUGGGGGAUUGCCACAACAGUUUAAAGUUCGAUAUAAGGCAGCAGGAGGUAGACAGAAUUUAGUCGAUGUUCAGCCACCGGGAAGCACUUACUCAACAGUUCAUCAUUUAGAUCCUGGCACUGAAUACGAGUUCAUUGUGAUUGCUUUCAAUGACGUUGGACAAAGUGCGGACUCAAAUAUGGUCAAGACAAAGACCCCAACAAAACCGGAUCCACCAACUGGCUUACAAGUAGAUCAUGUUUCACUGGACAGUGCCACUUUAAAAUGGAACGUUGGGUGGGAUGGUGGACGUCCGCAAAAAUUUAGCAUUGGCUAUAAAUCAACAGCGAAUAAACAGGAAUAUAAACACCUAGAUGUUCAUCAAUCCCGGGAUAACACCACAUUUACUGUUGACGGUUUACGACCUGGAACAGAGUACGAAUUCUUUGUUAUGGCAAGCAAUGAAAUUGGUGUGAGUGAGAAAUCCAUUACAGUAAAGGCAAAGACUUCGAAUAAUCCAGCCACAUGGAUGAAGUCACCGGCUUCUGUGAUAGUAUGCAAUGUUGUGCUUAAUAUUUUGAUUACCUGCACUGGUAUACUUGUCGGUACCACAAUUGGCAAGCCAUACCAAGUUAAAGAGAUGUAUGAUUUAGUUCAACGACUGGAUGAUAUCUAUAAAGCUGUUGAAACCGUCGAGUGGCAACAGCAAACUGAUAAAACUACAUUUUCAAAGAAGUUGGAAGAGUACAAGGUCACGUUAUCCCAGAAGGAUAACACUGAGUUUAAACGUAUAUCUAAUAGAAUGGAAGAAGUAAGCCGUGAUAUUUCUACAAAAGCUGACGAAAAAGAACUUAAAGAUGCCAGAAGAAAUUUUGAAGAGAAGUUAUAUAAAAUAAAAGAUAAAUUUACGACAAGAGUCGAAGACGUACAAGAGGAAUUAAGUGCUAGAUUGAAAAAAUUAACUGUUUUCACAGAUGAUUUCAACAGGACUUUGUCAGAAUACAAAACGACAUUUAAAAAAUUUGAACAUGGAACAAAUGAUAAAAUUCAAGAGUUAAAUACAUUAUUAACCAAUUUAAGUUUAACUGUUGAGCUUGACUUGAAAUCAAUGCUCACGAAGGUUGAAGACCAAGUAAAAGCAAUUGAAGAAGCCAAACUGACAGCUGAUAAACUUUUAGGAGGAUUACAAGGUGAUGUAAACAGAAUAAUCCCGAAUACAUUCAACAAAGAGGCUCUCACAAUGGCAUUUAUGGUGUUGAUCAUCUUCGUAUUUAUGCUUGCAUUAUGGAUAUACAAAGUGCAGAAUAGUCUACAUGCCGGUGGUCCUGGAGAACACAGGGAUAUGAAUGCCAAGGAUGUAUUGCAGCGUAUACCACGCCGAGUUCCUCUCAGUAACUCAAUCUGUAUUGUAAGCUUUGAUGAGGCCAGGCAACCCGCACAUGAGGCGCUUGUCAGCUCUGCCUUUCUAACUGUUGGUAACAUCCAGACAAAGUACUUUGUUGUUCGGCGACAUGAACACUUGCUUAACAUGCCAAAAUGCAAGUUCUAUAUUAUGUGUACAGAGUUUUCUGAAAGGCACGUGAUAAUUGAAGAACCCGGAUUAGGACUUGGUGACUUGAAGAGAUGUACAUACGAAACGAUACAGCGAUAUGGAGCUAAAAUGAUAAUUUUGUACACACGUGACCCAGGAUCGAGGAAUCUAGGCGACCAGCUUUACAAUCAUAAGAUCCACUGCGUGUCUGCCCAGCCGGAGCUGUCUUGUCUUCGUGAUCUGGGUCGAUUUUUCAGCACGUAUGACGAGCUUUCGGCAACACAGAAGAAAGCACUAAAUGAUACUGUUGUCAAGUGUCUUCAGUAAAUAUUGUUUGAAAACUUCAGUUAAAAACUGGACGUUUAGCUACUUUUAUGUCAUUUCACAAUGUUUGCAAUUUACUGUUUAUUUGGAGUACUAGAUGUCCUAGUGCAAGGCACUUACAUUAUAUAAUUAUGUCAAUGUUGUUAAAUAAAACUGUUCAGUUUAUCCGAACUUCCUUUAAACAGCAAAGAUACCCAUUUUUGCUAUCUGUGUUAUUGUUCGAUAUUUGUUUAAUGUAUUUCUUUAUUUACGUGACAUCAUUGUACGAUAAAUAAAUAACAUAUUUACUACAAUGUCAUUCAGAUUUGAAUUACAGGAGGCUUAUCAUCACAGAUAUAUUAUACACACAUAUGAGCCGUGCCAUGAGAAAACAAACAUAACGGGUUGAAGAACCAGCAUGGACCCAGACCAGCCUGCGCAUCCGCUCAGUCUGGCCAGGAUCUAUGGUGUUCGCUGUCAAAGCCUAUUGCAAUUGAGAAAUUGUUAGCGAACAGCAUGGAUCCUGACCAGACUGCGCGGAUUACCAGCAAAGCCACUAUGUUGGUUUUUUCAUGGCGCGGCUCAUAUAUCUUUUUCAUCAACACGUUUUUAUAUAACAAAACUGAGGAGCAGUCGCAAAUUGAAAGUUUAAAAGCUCUGAAAAACAAGGUAUUAAGAGUUUAAAAUGUACUACUUUGCAAUUAAGGAGUGGUUUAAAAAUCAGCUAUCACUCUAGAUCAGAUCAAGGAUGAACUAAUUAGCAACUGCUUCUCAGAUUAGAUAAAAAUACUCAAGUCGUACUACAGAGUAAAUAAAAAAAAAUGUUGAUUUAUUUAGUACCUGUUAUAAAAAUGUGUGUGUCAGAUAGACUAUGUGGGAAGUUGUAGCCGGUUGUUGCAUUAUCCGACUAAAGUAUAGCAAUGCGUGUGUUAUGACACUAUGUUUUUGUUUAAAAAGUUUCAAUUGUUUUGUUUACGUAUCACACAUCUAUACGUCACGUGACAAGAGUAGACAAGUACUUUAAACGCAAGUUCUAAGUACGACCCUUUGACAUUGUGAAUAUGAAAUGUCCAGCGUUAUGAUGCAAAAUAUGUUUUUUAUACUUCAACACUUUUUGUAUUUCUACCCUUUAUAUGUUAACAUUAAUAUAUUAAAGUUUUAUCCAUUAUCGUUUGUUUCAAAAGUUUUUAAAGUGAUACAAGCUCAGUAAAACUCAAAUUUUCCAGGCUAUUUUAUUAAAGUUACAUUUGGUGUACACUUUAAUACCAUUAUAAUUAUGAUUUAUUAUAUUUAUAUGACAUGUUAUGUUCUACGGUUGAUUGUUUAUAUAUUUUAGUUAAUGUAUGCUUAUUCACGUUAGUUAAAGUGAUUUAAAAACGCUUCAUUUUGCAAGGGUUUUAGUUGCGUAUGUUACUUUAAAUAAAUGGACUAUUUUUAGCCCACCAUCAUCAGAUGGUGGGCUAUUCAAAUCACUCUGCGUCUGUAGUCCGUCCGUCCAUCCGUUCGUUAACAAUUUCUUGUUAUCGCAUCUCCUCAGAAACCACUUGGGGGAUUUUGACCAAACUUUGUCAGAAUGAUGUAUUGGUACCCCUGAAAAUCAAACUGGUUCAGCAAUUUUUUAGUAAGUUAUGGCCCUUUGUUUAUUUCUAUAAUUUACAUAGAUUUAUAUAGGGAAAAACUUUGAAAAUCUUCUUGUCCAAAACCACAGAGCCUAGCGCUUUGAUAUUUGGUAUGAAGCAUCAUCUAGUGGUCCUCUACUCCUCUACCAAGAUGAUUCAGAUUAUUUCCCUGGGGUCUAAUAUGGCUCCGCCCGGGGGGUCACAUGGUUUAUAUAGACUUCUAUAGGGAAAAACUUUGAAAAACCUCUUAUCCAAAACCACAGGGCCUAGGGCUUUGAUAUUUUGUAUGUGACAUCAUCUAGUGGUCUUCUACUAAGAAUGUUCAAAUUAUCCCCCUAGGGUCAAAUAUGGCCCCGCCCCGGGGGUCACAUGUUUUACAUAGACUUGUAUAGGGAAAAACUUUGAAAAUAUUCUUGUCCAAACCACAAAGCCUAGGGCUUUGAUAUUUGCAAUGUAGCAUCAUCUGUUCUCUACCAAGUUUGUUAAAAUUAUCCCCCUAGGAUCAAAUAUGGUCCCGCCCUGGGGGUCACAUGGUACAUAUAGACUUAUAUAGGGAAAAGCUUUUAAAAACUUCUUGUCAAUAACCUACAACAUUCAAAUUUGGACCAUAUGUAUGGUUUUGAGUAGCAAGAACCUUGACAUCAGUUGACCUAGAUUUUGACCUAGUGACCUACUUUUACAUUUUCUGUAGCUGCAAUCUUCAAAUUUGGACCACAUGCAUAGUUUUGUGCACUGAAAAAACUUUGACAUUGACCUAGUGACCUACUUUCACAUUUUUGAAGGUACAGGCUUCAAAUUUGGACCACAUGCAUGGUUUUAUGUACCGAAACAAACUUUGACCUUUACAUUGACCUAGUUUUGUGUUCUGAAAUAAAAUUUGACCUUGAUUUUGACCUAGUGACCUACUUUCAGAUUUCUCAAGCUACAGCCUUCAAAUUUGGACCACAUGCAUGGUUUUGUGUACUGAAACAAACUUUGACCUUUACAUUGACCUAGUGACCAACUUUCACAUCUUGGAAGGUACAGGCUUCAAAUUUGGACCACAUGCAUAGUUUUGUAUUCCAAAAUAAAAUUUGACAUUGAUUUUGACCUAGUGACCUACUUUCACAUUUCUCAAGCUACAGCCUUCAAAUUUAGAUAACAUGCAUAGGAUUGUGUACCGAAACAAACUUUGACCUUGACAUUGACCUAGUGACCUACUUUCACAUUUUUAAAUGUACAGGCUUCCAAUUUGGACCACAUGCAUAGAUUUGUGUCGUGAAGUGAAAUUCGACCUUGAUUUUGACCUAGUGACCUACUUUCGCAUUUCCUAAGCUACAGCCUUCAAAUUUGGACCACUUGCAUAGUUUUGUGUACCGAAAUAAAGUUUGACCUUAAGAUUGAACUAGUGACCUACUUUCAAAUUUCUCAAACUACAGCCUUCAAACUUGAUGCACAUGCAUAGUUUUGUGUACAAAGAACUUUGUCCUUGAAAUUAAUCUAGUGACCUACUUUCACACUUCUCAAGCUACAGCUUUUGGAUUUGGACCACAUGCAGAAUGUUGUGUACAGAAAUGAAAUUUGACCUUGAGCUAGUCAAUAAGUCUUGAAAUUUGGAACUCUCAAAAGUGGCACAUUGGUGGGCGCCAAGAUCACUCUGUGAUCUCUUGUUAUACAGUAAGUUCAAUGUCUCUUGAUGUCUAAUACUGCUUUUUAUGUGUAUUUUGAUAUUUUUAUUCUAGGUAGUUAUUAUUUAUGUGUUUAUAAUUUUUCAAUUGAUAAAAAGGUUUUAUGUGUAGCGCUGUAUAGACGCUGUAUAGAGCGGCUGUAUACUGUAAUGUUAAAUUGUUUGUUUUAUAUGUAUUAUGAUGUAUACAGAUGAGACAUUAGUAAAAGAAUAAACUAAUGCAUGUUGUAUCCUGUACGUAGAAACUGUAUUUUAAUGUUAAACAUUGAAAAGAGAGCUGAAAAAAGUUCAUUCUUUCUCUUUAAUUUGUUAUCUUAAUAUUGUAAGGGGAUAAUAUAUUUCAUUCGCUACAUAUUAAGCAGUAUCAUGAUUAGUUUUUAAAAUGUAUUGUAUAGUGAUAUUAUUUAGAUGCAUGGGUUUGUAUAAGGUUUAAAGCUUUUGACAACUGGUUACUUCAAGCAAAUUGUACCUAGUACAUACACUCUAUUGUAAAGUUUUAGUUUAAUAAAAUUUUAGUAUUUGGCUCAGCUCAUGAUCAUUAUAAUCUUGACGAUUGAUUACAACAGUGAAUUAUUUUGGUCUUUUCAUGCCCCCACAUUUAUGUAGGAGCAUAUAGUUUUGUUGCUGUCCGUACGUCCCGAAAUCUUGUGUAUUCAACUCUUCUUACACUAUUAGCCUGAUUUGCUUCGAAAUUUCACAGAUGAUCAAGCUUGAUGUGCAGAUGACCAUAAAGGAAGAAACGUUUCCUGUGACUAUUUAAAACUGCCGUUUUAGCUCUUUAAAAGUAUUGCUAAAUAGAAUAGAAUAAAGAGCAAAAUAUUGUGUAUACAACUCCUCCCACACUAUUAGUCUGAUUUGCUUAAAACAUCCACAGAUGAACAAACGUUGUUACAGUCUUAUUUGGAAGCUAACGGUGCCGCUUGCAUAGAGCUAGAUGACUUCUUUAGUGACGAAACUUGGCUUAAACUAUUGAUUCUUCUUUAUGCGGAUGACAUCGUGAUAGUUUCCAAUAAUCCUGUCGUUUUCUAAUAUUGUUUAGACUAUUCUAACAACUGUUGUAACAAUUAAUCCUAAUAAGACCAAGGUAAUAGUAUUUGGUGCCAGAAAUGGCAAUGCUCAUAACUUAAACUAGGCGACCAUCGCCUUGAAAUAAUUGACGCUUAUCACUACCUAGGUUUAACUUUUUCUGAAUCUUGAUGUUUUCUUAAAGCAAGAAGACAUGUUAGACAGCAGGUAAAUACGGCUAUGCAUCUCUUAUUCACACAUCAAACAACGCGGAUCAGACUUAACCAUUAAGUUAUUUAUCAUACAGUUUUGCCCAUUUUAGCAUACGGCUCGGAAGUGUUUGGUUUUGAAAAUCUAGAUCUUCUCGAAAAAGUUAAAAAUGUUUUUAUGAGACGAAUUACCACUGCUAGAAAAAGCACCCCGAAAUAAAUGCUAAAUAGUGAGCUUGGGAGAUAUUCUAUUUAUAAUAAUGUUUAUACGAAAAUGAUUAUCUUUUUGGACACGUUUGAGUGCAUAGAAAUACUCACAAACUUGUAAAACAAAUUUUGAUAGAUCAAUAUAAGCAGUACUGGUACAGCCAAUUACAACAAUCUAAUAAAGGUAGAAUCUAUUGUUCAUUUAAACAUACUUCAGAAUUACGAGAGAUAUUUUAAUAUUCUUCCAAAAGCGUAUUAUUGAUCGCGGCCCGAUGAGGCCGCGAUCAUAUUGACUAGGACAAGUAUUUGCACGCUGGGGAAAAUAUUUCAUGAUGGACCUGUCAAUUCUUUACUUAUGGCUGAAACAGGUCUCAUAAGCGUAAAUACGACUAGCUUCUACUGAUUAUAAAAACAUACCGUACGAUUUGUUGUGAAUUAACUGUUGUUGGCCUUUUAGUAGUUCAACCGCCACCCUUGUUUAAGAGCAACAUUUAAAAUACACGUUUUUUUCAUCCUCAAGUAAUAAGUAAGUAGACUCGCCCAGUUUAAUCAAUCUAGACGCAUAAUCUAACUAUACGAGCGUCUAUUUCACCCGAUUUACACUCGGAACAUUUUCACGCGUUUCGGGGUUUAUCGUAUGUUUAACAUGGGAUUUUUGAACCGUCCAAAGAUGUUGGAAAUGUUUGUCUCAUUGUUUAUUCUUUUUAAUAAAACUGUUACUGCUUU